GGUUGAAACUUUUGCCGCAUCCGUCGGCGAAACGAGGCUUUUCCCUCCUCUCCUCCCCUCUCCCCGCCCCACUGCCAUACUUCCCCUGCUUCCUCGGGGAAUGCGACGCCUCGAGCCCGGGCUAGGGUUCGCCGCCGACCGCCGUCACCCUCCUUCCCGCCGCAAGAAGCCCCCGCCGCAGCAGCGGCGAAAGCGACCGGCGGCGGCCGCAGCAACGGCGGUGGGGCCUCGCGGCGUGGCCGAUCCAGAUCCAGCGCCCUCGUCGCCGCUGCGCGUGCACGGCAUCGGCAGCCACGCCUCGUGUGGCACGGCACCGCGAGGUGAGGAGGAGGAGGUGGUGGUGGUGGAGGGGAGAGGCGACGGCGGGGAGUCGGUGGAGGAGAGGGGAGCGGCCAGUGACUCCUUCUCCCACUCUCUGAGAGAGUGCCAGAAGCAGCGGCAGCUCAGGUCAGAGGGUGCUGCAUUACUGCGGUCACCGGCCACGCAUGAGCUCAACGGCGGCGGGGUUGGGAGCAUCGAUCUGCUGGUGCUGUCACCGAGGUGUUUGGUUGGGGGUAAUGCUGGAGGAAUGAGCAAGAGCUCGACGGCAUCAUCACGGAGCAGAUCAGGCACAUUUCCUAGUCCCGGGACCCCAAACUACCACCGUCAUUGCGCUAGCACUAUGCAGUAUCCUAAGGGAUGGAGCUCGGAGCGGGUGCCGCUGGGAGCCGGCACCAAUAGGAGGUAUGGGGGCAGUGGGCUUGUGCUUCCUUUCAACAAUGGGAGAAAGCUGCCAUCAAAAUGGGAGGAUGCGGAGAAGUGGAUCCUGAGUCCAGUUUCCUGCGAUGGGAUUGGAAGGAUGUCAGCCCCGGCGCCUCACCAUAGACGGCCCAAGUCAAAGAGUGGUCCGCUUGGCCACCCAGCUGGAAUACCGGGUGCUUAUGCGACUGCUUCACCAUUUGUGCCCUGCUUUGAUGGUGUUCUGGCAGCGGCUAAUUUUGCAGCGCAUUCUCCUUUUUCUGCUGGGGUUCUAAUGCCAGAACAUGUGCGUAAUGGUGACUUCAGCAGUGGAAGAGGUAGAAGUGGAGAUGAUGGCAGCAGCAGAUCAUACUCAGCAGAGAAGGACCCGUAUAUAUUGAGAUCAGCCAGUAUACAUGCGUGGACAGAGACACUUAUGGAAGCAUCUGCCUUUGCUAAUAUCUCAGAAGAAACUGCACAAGAUGAUAGAUUGCAAGGCCUGCAAGGAGAAACUUCGGUUAUUUCCAGUCCAAUAAUAAAGAAAGAUGUUGCCACACAAAUGAGCCCUGAUGACAGUAUAUCGUCUUCUCCGAAAGCAAGACAUUCAUGUUCCAGUUUACCAUCUGGACAUCCAAUUAAAGAGCCCAAUAGUCAUUUACCUAAACCUGAAGUACGAGAUGUGCAGGUAGAUGAUCAAGUAACUGUGACCCGGUGGUCCAAGCGGCAUGUAACACGAGGCUCUGAUAGGCGGUCAACAAAUAUUGUUGAGUGGAGGAAGAAGACAAUUGAGACUCGGGCUCCAUCUUUUGAUGAAAAAGAAAGAGAGAGCUGCAUAUCAAAGUGCAAGAGGGAGGAAGCAAAGAUCACUGCUUGGGAAAAUUUGCAGAAAGCAAAAGCAGAGGCAGCAAUUCGAAAGUUAGAGAUGAAGCUUGAAAAAAAAAGGUCAUCGUCGAUGGACAGAAUCUUGGGGAAACUACGCAGUGCUCAAAAGAAGGCGCAAGACAUGCGUAGUGCUGUUUCUGUGAGUGAAGAUCAAUGUGGAGUGAGAGCAACCAAGAAAGCGUCUUACUUGAGGAGAACGGGCAAAUCUUUCAGUUGCUGUUUCACCUAUCAUGCUUGCUAAUUGUGGCAUAGUUGGUUGCCAUGGGUGCAGCAAUGGAUGUGCCAAUGUGCAAACUUUUUGGACGUUGCAGCUCAUGUCAACCAACAAAUCGGAAUUAAUCAGGAAGUCAAAAUUUUCCUUGCUGCGGCAUCUGUAGGUGACGGGAUUAAUUAAAGAGAGUUUGCAUGGUCUGAUCGAUGAAAUACCUUUGGUACCAGUGGAGUAGUAGAAACCGGUCAUCGAGCAAAGUCGAUUAUCUGUGCUUAUUGUAGUGGAUUAUUGCUCCCGUUAUUUUGUGCCUACAAUCUCUGUACGCCCAAUAGUCUCCCUCGAGAGCUUUAUUCUAGUUAUCACCAGAUUGGCCUGGUUCUCGCGUUCCGAUUGAUAUGUAUAUCUUUCCAUGGGAUUCUGUAUGCAGUGCGAAGCCUUGGGGACCUUGUAGUCUUGUACUGAUACUGUAUUGAAAGAGGUUAUCCACGGCUGCAGCUUUUGGCCUCUUCUCCAGUUUUGCUCACUGAGCCUCGUCUGGGAUCCUUACCGAGCACUGAUGUAGAGCUGGAGUUUAGUCCGACUCGCCAACAUUUGAGUGCCACUGAGAAAUAAGUGCUCUAGCGCUAGCAAUAUGCGAGU